GAGGCUGCGGUUGCAAGGCAAAAUUGGAUUCUCUCUCUCUCUUUGGUUCUUUAUUACUUGUUGGAUGACGAAGAAUGCAUAAGAACACGAUGGUUGUUAUCGAUCGGUGAGAGGCGGCCGAAGACGGUCUGCAAAUCGAGAGGCCAUCUGGCCGGAAAAAAUGGCGGUUACACAUGCGGACCUCACACCAAGUCGCCGGAAAACAGACCUCGGAAGCAAAUUCGGCACCACCCUCAUGGUGGUCUGUGUCCUCUGCGGCCUCUCCUCCUUCGUUUUCUGCCUCACUGCUGAAUCCAUGAAAAGCGAGGUGACAUGGGUACAAAUGGCACUUGGGCAGGGGCGGAAGGUGGUCUGCCUCUACAGUGGGAGUGGCAGGACUCCAUUCGUCUGUUCACUAGUCUCACUGCUGCUGCUCGCCAUUGCCAUGGGUCUGGAGCAUGGAUACUUGCUGACGGCCAUUACCAAGACCUCCGAUUCCAACCCCGGGCGACCACCAUUGCUGGUGUGGAUGUCAUACUCAUCAACAGCAAAGAGCAUGAAAUGGCAGGCAUUGCUUUUCUUCAUGGGUACCUGGAUCUGCUUUGCAGUAGGGGAAGUCAUUCUUGUGAUCGGCAUUGCUGUGGAGUCCGGGCACCUACACGGCUGGGCAAGGGCUAGAACGGACUGCCUGGUGAUGAGGACGGGACUCUUUGCAGCUGCCGGAGUCUUCGGGUUAACGGCCAUGUUCAUUGUGUGUGCCCUGUAUCUCACAGCACUGCAAGCACAGAAACUUUACGAGAUCGAAGAAAGCGUGCGCCGCGAAAUUCUGGAGGCCUCGAAUGUAUAUGCGUCGCAGCCGCAGGAAUCGGUCGCCGUUACUGUGCCACAAGAUUCUCGAUCUUACGAAGCUGACUGGUCCAUGCAAACAUGCCAAGAUCAUAGGAAGCCUUCAAAUUCUACUUAAAAAGCCGUCUCGUGCGUUUUGUGAUAUCCUUCCUCUCUUCCCUUUUUCUGUUUUUUGUGAAUAUGAUGUAAUUGUUAUACUGUUUAAGAAACAAUCUAAUUGUACCAAAACUAUGGGCGGCUAAGAUUCUUGUUAAAGAAGAAGAACAAUAAUCAAUUAUACCAGUAUCUUUUCUCUACA